AUGCAGAAACGUGACAUUGUCCUCACCAACGUCACUGUUGUCCAGCUACAGCGACAGCCAUGUCCGGUGAUCAGGCCACCACCCCCACUUGAGCCCGAGGCGCCACCACCACCUCCACCACCUUCCCCUCCCCCACCACCCAAGAAGCCAUCUAGAGAGUUGACAGUGGGCAUCAAUGGAUUCGGACGCAUCGGUCGCCUGGUGCUUCGAGUCUGCAUGGAGAAGGGCAUUAAGGUGGUGGCAGUGAAUGACCCAUUCAUUGACCCCGAAUACAUGGUGUACAUGUUCAAGUACGACUCUACCCAUGGCAGAUACAAGGGGAGUGUGAAGCACAAGAAUGGACAGCUGGUCGUGGACAACCAUGAGAUCAACGUGUACCAGUGCAAAGACCCUAAAGAAAUCCCCUGGAGCUCUAUUGGAAGUCCCUACGUGGUAGAGUCCACAGGCAUGUACCUGUCCUUAGAGGCAGCUUCGGCACACAUCUCAGCCGGUGCCCAUCGUGUAGUGGUCACUGCGCCCUCCCCUGAUGCACCCAUGUUGGUCAUGGGUGUGAAUGAGAAGGAUUAUAACCCUGGCUCUAUGAACAUUGUCAGUAACGCAUCCUGCACCACCAACUGCCUGGCACCCCUUGCCAAGGUCAUCCAUGAACACUUUGGGAUUGUGGAAGGGCUGAUGACCACAGUCCAUUCCUAUACGGCCACCCAGAAGACAGUGGACGGGCCAUCAAAGAAGGACUGGCGAGGUGGACGUGGUGCCCACCAGAACAUCAUCCCAUCUUCCACUGGGGCUGCCAGUGCUGUGGGCAAAGUCAUCCCAGAACUCAAAGGGAAGCUAACAGGAAUGGCAUUCCGCGUACCAACCCCCAAUGUGUCUGUUGUGGAUCUUACCUGCCGCCUGGCCCAGGCUGCCUCCUACUCAGCCAUCAAGGACGCUGUAAAAGCAGCAGCUAAGGGCCCCAUGGCUGGCAUCCUUGCCUACACAGAAGACCAGGUGGUCUCCACAGACUUUAUCGGCGAUCCCCACUCGUCCAUCUUCGAUGCCAGGGCUGGCAUUGCUCUCAACGACAACUUCGUGAAGCUCGUUUCCUGGUACGACAACGAAUAUGGCUACAGUAACCGGGUGGUCGACCUCCUACGCUACAUGUUCAGCCGAGACAAAUAAAGCGGAAAGGCCCCUCCUGUUUCCCCGCCCACCCCGCGUUCCUGCCCUCAGCUGCGCCUGGAAGGAGGGUGCGGGGCACUAGGGUCUUGCGCCGCUGCCCCAGGUCAACCAGGAAAUAAAAACCAUAGUGCGCGCACAGCUGCACCCGCGUGUCUCUACGCCCGUCUCCGUGGUUCGGGGCCGGGUUCAAGGUUCGUGGCAAAGGCGAGUGGUGGCGCUUGGCUCCAAGCC